AUGUCGAAAAUCUUUCUCACUGAUCCACAAACAGGCAAGACUUAUCCGGGUGAUGAACAGACUGUAACUAAUUUACUUCGAGAAAAUGCAGCAUUGAUUCGAACAAUCAAAGAAUUACAGAAUGAUGUUCAACAACGGAUGAAUCAUCAACAAGAACUACUCAGUAAUACAGGUCUAUUGUUGUUUUCUAUUUCACAUAAAUGUACAUAUUUCUAUUUUCAACAUCAAUAA